AUGACCGGCACUCGAUUGUUUGACAGUUCCUUACCCGUUGGGAACAGGUCUGUCGUGGUCAGAGAGCACUACACACUUGAACGCUGCAAUGGCUGCUUUGACUCUGAUGUACACCGCUGGGGUCAAUUCGAGCAUUCAGCCCGUGGUGGACAACUCCUUUGA